CAAGCGGUGCGAAUAUAAAAUCAGAAAAAAGCGAUGUGGGAAACAAAUUGAUGUAUGAACAUAAACCAAAUGGUGAAAUCUGCUUCGGAAGGUUAUUUAUACGUUUCCUUCUCUAAAAGAGCCGAAGGGAAGAUUUGGUGAAGGAUUCUGAUAAACAGGACUGACCAAAUUUAGGGGAAUUUCCUCUGUUAAUCGGAUCUCCUGCAGUCAUGGCUCCCUCGCUGGCCACUGCCUUCUCCAGGCGCUGGUGGAUGGCAAUUACUGCGGUUAUUGAAAGCCUGCUGUUCUCUGCUGUGCUUCUCGGAUGGGGCUCGCUGCUCAUUAUGCUGAAAUCAGAGGGCUUUUACUCCUACCUCUGCAGAGAGCCAGGUAACAGUACAGGACAGAAUGCAUCUGACAAUGAAAAUAGCACGACGACGAUCCCAGCGGAUGAGGAAGAAGAGGAAAAUCUUCAGAUGAACGGCUGGCUCAUCUGUAAAAAGCAAGACGAGAUGCUGAACCUGGCAUUCACCAUCGGUUCCUUCCUCCUCAGCGCCAUCACCCUGCCUCUUGGCAUCAUCAUGGACAAAUACGGCCCACGCAAAUUGCGUUUGCUCGGCAGUGCCUCCUUUGCUGCCUCCUGCAUCCUAAUUGCAUACGGAGCCAGCGAUCCAAGAAAUCUCUCCAUCUUGAUUUUUUUUGCCCUUGCACUGAAUGGGUUCGGAGGCAUGUGCAUGACCUUCACCUCGCUCACGCUUCCCAACAUGUUUGGUGAUCUUCGUUCAACUUUUAUUGCACUCAUGAUUGGCUCGUACGCAUCUUCUGCUGUCACCUUCCCAGGAAUUAAGGUGAUCUACGAUCUUGGUGUUGCCUUUAUCACGAUCCUGCUGGUGUGGGCUGGCUGUGCUGGUCUGGUCUUCAUUAACUGCUACUUCAACUGGCCGCUCGAACCCUUUCCAGGACCUGAGGAUAUGGAUUACACUGUGAAGAUCAAGUUCAGCUGGCUGGGCUUUGACCAUAAGAUCACAGGGAAACAGUUUUACAGGCAGGUGACCACAGUGGGUCGGAGGUUGAGUGUGGGCAAUUCCAUAAAAAACCAACCCAAACAACUGGCCACCCAAGACGGCAAUAAACUCUGCCUUUCCACCGUCGAUCUGGAGGUCCAGUCCAAACCAGAAGAGGAAUCCCAAUCCUUCAUGAAGAGCAUCUUCAGCCCUAUAUUCAUGCUCAGUCUCAUCACAAUGUGUGUGACUCAGCUCAGACUCAUCUUCUACAUGGGAGCCAUGAACAAUAUUCUGGAGUCCCUUGCGUAUGGAGACCUGAACAAAGUGGAGAGGAUGGAAAUGGUGAGCACGUACACAUCUAUUUUCGGGGUGCUGCAGUUGCUGUGCCUCAUAACAGCCCCUGUGAUUGGUUACAUCAUGGAUUGGAAACUCAAAGACUGCGAGGAGGAAAAUGAGAAACAAGUGAUGAAGGGUCCUGGCCAACCAAAGAAACGUGACAAGCAGAUACAAAAAAUCAGCAACGCCACCCGCGCGUUCACCUUCACUAACUUGCUGCUGGUCGGCUUUGGGGUGAUCUGCUUGGUGCCCAAUCUUCAUCUACAGAUUUUGUCAUUUGUGUUGCACACCAUCGUGAGAGGCUUUAUUCACUCUGCAGUUGGAGGGUUGUAUGCUGCUGUAUAUCCCUCCUCUCAGUUUGGCAGUCUGACAGGAAUGCAGUCUCUUAUCAGCGCACUUUUCGCAUUGCUGCAGCAGCCUCUCUUCAUGGCCAUGAUGGGUCCGCUAGAAGGAGAUCCUCUCUGGGUAAACGUGGGGUUACUGAUCGUAAGCAUGCUGGGAUUCUGCCUGCCCAGCUAUCUUCUCUACUACAGCAGGCAGCUGCGCAGACAAAAGCAAGAACGUGAGGAAGACCCCAAGAUCUACGUCCAGAUCAACGGCACAAACCCAGAGACCUUCGUCUGAUUCGGACGCGCGGACGACAUCGGCCGGCCACAGAGAGCGGGAGGAAGGAGGAAAAGAGGGGGAGAAGACUGCAAGUCACAAGAGGAGUGAUAAAACCUCCCUGUUUCCUCCAUCCGACUACACCUGCACUCAGACACCGUUGCAUUAACACAAACACACAGCCAAAGCAACCAAGAGCGUUUCACAACGUGCCACAUAAACACGUUUACAUACUUUCCUAAAUAAAUGGAUUGAAGGAACACUGUGAAAAGCAAGUGUUAGAAGACACGCCCUCUCCUCUCAUAUACAAACGGCACGUCACCAGUGAUAAACUGACACUCUUGUGCUAACAAAAACAAGGACGACAUGUAAAGUUCAUGCAUUGCCUGAUAAGAAAGAAUGAGAAAUGUUGCCCAAUGUCUUUCAUUGUGAUUUUUUCUUUUUCACACCAUGGUGAUACAAAGGACAAAGCGCACAUUGUCAGUGCAAUCGACUCAGGUUUGAGGUCAACUGAAGCAUAAUUCUUCUUUAGCAAAGUGCACCACUAGUGUUAACUCUUUAGUGCCAGGAAUCGAGCUUGUUUCCUACUUAGCCAAUCAGUUGUUAGUGAUUAUGAGGCUGUAUCUAAAAUCGUCUGUUCUUGAAUCUGCAAUUAGAGACUGACUGUCAAUACGUCUCUAGUAGACAUAGUAGAUAGAUGUGAAAUGCAAAAGCCAAAUUUUACAUUUUAAUCUCAUACCAGCAUGGAUGGCAUGGGCAUGAAACUGAAGCAUUUCUGGGCUGAUUUUCAGAGCACCUGAGGCUAAAGUAAUGAACACAAUUGUAUACAAUGAGAUUUCUGCUAUUUGCUUUGGCAUGCAUUGGAUUCAGUAUAUCUAAGAGAGAGAUAUACUGCACAUGUCAGUCCAUUCAGAAGCUUGUAGAUGUCAUGUGGGUCUAGAUAAUGUUUGGGUUAAAGAAACGGUUUUGUUUAAGGAUACACCUCACAUUUAAAUCGUGAGUGACUGAUCUUCACCAGCAAUACUAUACCACAUGGUUCACAACGUAAACCUGAAGAUGUUUCCUACAGUAUACUGUAUAACUGAGCUUCAGCUUUGUUAGCACAGUGUGUUUUCACUUUGUAUUACUUGGUUUGUUUUAAUUCAAACAAUUGAUCAGGGUGUUUCACUUUUAAAGUAAUAAUUCAUAUCUAAGGAAUUUACCUGCAAUAUGAUCCCUUUUGUUAUGUAUCCUGACGGGGUUCAAAACGAGACCUAAAUACUCACAAAAAAACAUCUAUGAUUGGGGUAAAUCAUAGAUGUCAUUAUUUGAUAUAUCUUGCACUACAGCAAACAUGGCUUUACAGUUAAACAGGUGCUUAAGUUUGCCAUCACAGAGUAUGUGUGAGUGUUUAAACCUCGUACACAAAAACUGUAUGUUGGCCAUACAGUGCACAAGAUCGUUGUGUAUGAUCUCAAUAGUUCUGGGGUGAUUACAGGUGCUGAAUGUAAGGUGCUUAAAAAACAGGAUUUUUUAACUCCUUAAAAACUCCUGUACUAUAGAUACAAAGGGUGAUAAGAACUUGAAUUUAAUUUAUGACCAGAAAAGGGACAUGCUUGAUAACAAUCUCUUCAGUCGAUCCAUUUGCAAAUCAGUAUUGUGUAGAUCACAAAAAUGAAUUUAGCUUUUACCUGGAAAGACCAUUCUGGCCAGUUUAAAUGUAAUCUGGCCAUAGUUUACCACGCAUACCUUACUAUAACCAAGAGACAUCUCUACAAAUAGAUAAGUGCAUGCACAUUUUAACACACAGUUGUCUGUCGAGAUAAAAACAAUCAGAACCGUCCAGCCCCAUCAUAGUUUUCGUGAAUAUUUCAGAUGUGUCCUGGAUGGACUGCCUAUACAUUGCAAAUGAAUACCACUCAGAUGCAGUAUUAUACUAAGCGUAAUGAAUGUGAGAGUGAAAUCAUUUGCUGUCCGAACAAGAAAAGUAGCACUUUUUGUCACUGCCAUACUUUACAUUUUCAUUCUUUUCUUACGUACAGUCAGAAUUUUUGGUUACGUAUGUUAGUUUAUUACACUUCAUUGUAUGUUUAUGAGAAAAGUGUUUAUACAGAGAUGUAAGAGGAAGAGUUCAGGACUCAGAUAAAACACAAGUGUUUCCUCACUGAAUCGUAUUGUGUCUCUUAGUGCAUAGCGUUGUUUACUAUUCUUCAUCGUAUGCCAAUUUUCUUUUUAUGUGUACACUGGUUUUCUUUUUUACCUUUUUGUGGGUGCUUAUAUAUUGUACCUUUUCGUUACUUUAAUCACUAUGUAGAAAUGAGGACUUUUGAUCAAUUGUCCCAGUUAUUGUCAUAACAGAAAAUCAAAUAUGUGAAAUAAAAUCAGAUUCAUUUGUGUUAA